AUGUCAGCUCCCGUAAAUAUAGAUAUACCUAAAUUAAUUCUAGACAAUGGAGGAGGGCUGAUAAAAGGUGGAAUACUUCCUAGUUAUUCCCAACUAAAUGAUGCAUUGUUUGAUGAAAUUGAACCCAAAUUUAUUGUGCCAAAUUGUGUAGGUCAAAUCAGAAAAAAAAAUAUAUUUCAUAUAAGUGAUAGUUGUUAUAGUAUAUGCGAAUAUUUUUGUCAUCGACCACAUGUAGAUGGGUUAUUAUUGGAUUUAGAAAUGCAAACAAAAAUAUGGGAAAAAAUCUUUUCAUGUAAACAAACCAUUGGAUAUAAAAUAAAUGAUAUGGCUAUAUGUAUUACUGAAUCAUAUUUGACACCUGCAUACAUAAGACAAGGUGUUAUAGAAUUGUUGUUUGAAUAUUUUAAUUUUGAUCAAAUAGUUAUAGUUUCUUCACAGACAAUGCUACCAUUUUCAUAUAUUGGUUUAAAUUUAGGUCAAUAUGAUAUUUUGAAUCCUCCAAUUUUUAAUAAUGAUUCAUAUGUAAUAAAAAAAAAAUACAUAACGAAAAGGAGGAGAACAGGGGAAAAGACAAAUAAACCUAAUGUACCGAAAAGAAGUCUUACUCCAAGGAAUAGUGCAAAGGAGGAGGAGGAGCAGCAGGAGCAGCAAAUGAAGGAGCAGCACGAGGAAGAGGUGGAAGAAGAAGAGGAAGAUUACUUAGGAAUGGAUACCAAUUCAGGUAGAGGUUAUAAUCUCCUCAAGAUGGAAAGUAAAAAAUCGAUGGAGGGGACUAAUGAAUGGGAAGCCAUGGAUGAAAUGAACAAAAGUGAGUUAAAUGGGUAUGAGGUGGAAAGAGAAGCGAGUAGAGAAACUAGCCGUGAAAAAACAAGAAGGGGGAAUAGUCAAAUGAGCAGAGAAAUUAGUUGUGAAGGAAACAAAAGGGGGAACGACCAAAUGAGAUACGAAACGAGUUAUGAUAUGAGUUACGAUACUAGUGAAUGUAAUGGGGAAGAAAACAAAAUGGUACAGUACAACGACAACAGUCAGAAUAUUAACAAUAGUGUAUUAACAAAUAGACAUAUUUUUAUAAAAAACAUAGAAUGCUAUAAUAAGUAUACUUAUAAAGUGUACAUGAACAAAAUGUAUCACGGGGAGAAUUGGCAAGAAUAUUAUUUUAAUUCCUUUUUUAAUAUGAACAGUGUUCAUAAUUCUGAACAAAGUAAUACACUGAAUAGUUUUGUAAAUAAUGUAUACUCAGACAGAAGUAAAAUAAUAAAAGGUGGAACUUACCUACCUAUAAGUAAUAACAAAAUAAAUAUUGUAAAAAGGUUAUGUAGUAAUAAUUAUAUAGGAAAUAAUUUCUUAAAUCAAGAUCCUAAUUUUUUAUUACCUGAUAAAAUCGAUUUAUAUAGAACCUAUUAUGAUAUAAAUUUUAAAGAUAUAAAUAUGUUUAAAGAGUAUUAUAAUAAUAAUUAUAUAAACAAUUUUUAUAAUAAUAUUAUAAAUGGCAAUUAUAAUUUAUCCUUGAGAAAUCCUUGUGCUUUAUACAUUGAUGUAGGUUAUUCACAUACAUAUAUAUUACCAUAUAUUGAAUAUAAACUAAUAGAGUAUGCCACAUUGAGAACAAAGGUUUCUGCAUCUAUUUUAAAUACAUAUUUAAAAAAUACAUUAUCAUAUAAGCAUGUAAAUUUAGAACACAAUGAACUACUAGUUGAAAAUAUUAAAGAAAGGGCAUGCUACGUAUCAUUAGACUAUGUAAAGGAUUUACAAAAUGAAAAGAAGCGAUUAGAAGAAAUAAAAAAACAAAGAAUUAAGGAUAAACUUAAUAUGAGAAAAGAAAUACUAAUGAAACAGUUAGAGCAGGAAAAAAAUGAUAAUUCAAAAAAAGUUUCCUUCAAGGGAAGGGAUGAAUACUUGCAGAUACCUCCUGUGAAUGACUUUAGCAGGAGGAGUGGUCGUGACUGUGGUGAGAAUGAUUUGGAAAAAAGAAAAGAAAAGAACAACUCCCAUAAGGAGUGUAAUAGUUAUAGUAGUAACAGCAACAGCAACAGCAACAGCAGUAGUGGUAGCGAUAGAGAUAGUGAUAGGGGCAGAGAUAGGGGCAGUGAUAGGGGCAGUGAUAGGGGCAGUGAUAGGGGCAGAGAUAGGGGCAGAGAUAGGGGCAGAGAUAGGGGCAGCAAUGAUAGGGGCAGUAAUGAUAGGGGCAGAGAUAGGGGCAGAGAUAGGGGCAGAGAUAGGGGCAGUAAUAAAGGCAUUUAUAGGGACAGUGUAAGUGGAAGUAGUAGCAGUGGUAGCGGUAGAGGCAGCAAUAAUAGUGGCAGAAGUGGCGGAGGUAAGAAGGAUGGAUCGGUGGAGAAAGGGGGAAAUCGUGGUACAGUAACGCAUAAUUCAGUAAAGAAUCAGAUGAUAGAUAAGUAUUCUGAGAAGGGAAGAAAUAAAGGUAAAAGAACAACAGAGAUGUUAAUGGGAGGAAAAUCAGAGGAUAUGUUUCUAAAUGGUAGGGAUAAUAAUGGCGAGUUCACAAAUGAAAACCUAAACUCUCCAAGUAACAGUAGCUAUGUUAACUUCGGGGUAGAACAGGACACAUGUAAUAUGGUAAAAAAUGAAAAAGAUGAAGCAGAGUAUACAAACAAGUAUAUCAGUAACAGUUGUAGUAACAACUGCAGCAGUAAUGACUGCAGCAGUAACAACCGUAGUGGUAACAACUGCAGUAGUAACAACCGUAGUGGUAACAACUGCAGCAGUAACAACCGUAGUGGUAACGACUGCAGCAGUAACAACCGUAGUGGUAAUAACGUAAGGGACGAGGAAAGGGAACAAAUGAAAAAGAAUAAUAAGAAAAAAACGCACAAAAUGACAGAGCAACAUUUAUUAUAUAAAUACAAAUUGCUUGACUACAAUAAUGCGACGAAGAGAGAAAUAAAUGAAGUGUUUGAUACCCUUAGAGAAAAUUGUACGAACGAUUGUAUUUAUUUAGAGUCUGAUUAUGAUUACAAGCAAGAAUUUUCAAAUUUUAAAGAUGACAAUAUUUUUAUUAAUGAUUUAAAUGUUAAAGGUGGAAAUAAACAGAAAGAAGAUAUUAUUAAUUUAACGAAUGAACGAAUAGGGAUACCUGAGGUUUUAUUUAAUCCUCAAGAUAUAAACUUAGAGCACUGUAGCAUUGUCGAACUGAUAUAUAGGUGUAUAUCAUUACUACCAAAAGAAAUUCAAAAAUACUUUCUUUCUCAAAUUUAUAUAUCUGGUGGGUCAACAAAAUUUAAAAAUUUUAAGCAUCGAUUAUAUAAAGAGUUAAGAGCAAUUUUCCCAACUGAAUGGGAAAUUAAUAUUUACUCACAUAAGAACAGUUUGUAUAGUAAUUAUAUAGGAACAUACGUUUGGUUAAGUGAUCAGAAUAUUUAUAAUUAUAAUGUUAUCACAAGGCAACAAUAUUUUAAUCAUGGGAAAAAAACAUGA